ACAGUAGUUUACAAUAAUGCAGGGCAGUGAGGACACAGCCACUUCACACAGGAGACCCACUGUAUUCCAGUGUUUUGGUUUGUUUUGUUUUUAUUUUCUCACACAAGACAUUUUUGGAAAGCUGUUUGUACAUUUAUUAUUGACUACGUUUGCAAGGACAUUUCUCUGUAUUGCCAUAAUGUAGCUCUCUGGAUUCUAUGAUUUCCAUAUGACAACUAACAAACAAUUAUGCCAUGUAAAUCUAAAUAUUAUUUGUCACAUAUCACAUAGACAGUUACAAAAUUUAUGAAAAAGAAAUCCCUCCAUCUUCUAGUUUUCUCAAGUAAUUUAAUCAUUGAAACGAGUGAAUCAUCCAAUAACAAAAAGUCUCUCACAACACUGUCUGUCAGUGACACUUCAAAAAAAACAACAGAGGAAGCUAUGUUGUGCAAUUUUUCUCCCUGUCACUACUGCACUAGGGCUGUUUAGAAGCAGAUGACAACCUGUAGUUACUGGUAUAUGUAACACAUUAUAGUGGUGGUACAGCAGCGCUUAACCAGUCACACUGUGAAGAAUGGAAACUUUCUACAAUUACUACGACUACAAUGACACCUACCUGUAUGACUAUGAUUAUGACUUUGGAAAUUACACCAUGUUUAAAGAGUUUGACUUUUUCAAGCACAAUAAGGAUUUGCCAACAGUCUCAUAUGUGAUUGCAUGGAUUGUGAUCUGUAUAGGUUUUCCAUUGACAUUACUGGCCAUCUACGCUCUAUAUUCACUGGUGCGAGAUGACCAUGUUGCGCCAGUCUAUGUCAUCAACCUCCUGAUGUCUGACCUCAUCCAGAUAUGCUGCUUUGUGAUCUGGGUGGCAGAACACAGAUUCAUGGUCGUCUCUGCCUCUAAAUAUCUCUACUUCAUCAGUGUGAUGGCCAGUGUUGGCUUCAUGGUGUGUGUCGCUCUGGAAAGGUAUUUGGUCAUCGCCUGCCCACUGUGGUACCGCUUCAGACGAAGCAUCAAGACCUCUGUGUUAGUCUCCAUUAUGGUCUGGGUCUUAUGUUUCAUCGAGUUCCUUAUUGCACUGCUAACAUCUAACUUCUGGCACCCACUCAUUUUCCGCUCUGUUUUGCUUCUCCUCCCCUUCCCCCUGCUCAUCUUCUCUCUGGCUGGGACCCUCAAAGCCCUGUCUGCGGCCAUUUCUGUCUCUCUUAAAGAAAAAAGGCGAAUCGUAGGAACUUUAGUUGUGGUGCUGCUAAACUACACAGUGCUGUUCUUGCCCUGGGUUAUUUGGCUCUUGGAAUUGUCUCAUAUUGUCAGUGAUUCAGGUUUAUACUUAUCAUUUCUUCAGUUCAGUCCUCUUGCAGACCUGGUUCUGUAUGUUUUCAUGAGGAAAGGGGCUGUAGACAAGCUGCUGGUCCACCUGUGUUGCUGCAGGAUGACAAGAGAGGAAGAACAGGAACAGGUCACCACGAAUGAAAAAAACACAGAAGAAGUCAGCUCGGUGUAGACAGAGCAGGAAAGGAAGAUGGAAAAGAGGGAGCGAAAAGGGAACUGAACCUAAUCAUGGAAUCACAAGUUCCACCCCUUUCCUUCAAUGCACACAAUGGACAACUUUCCUGGGCUGAUAAUGCACUGUAACUUCAUCCUACUGAUUUAUUUAACAUUAUAAUCCUUAAAACUUUGAUUAAUCAGACCCUCUCCAAAGAGUUGUUUUCAUUGUUAGUGGUGGACUCUUUCAUUCCCACACAGGAUUCAAAUGGCCUACCUAUGCCCGACAGAUUCACAGGAAACGAUGCAUGCAUGUAAUCCAGCUUAACUGUUUGUAAUUUUAUCUGUAUCAGAGCUGUAUUAAGUUACUGCUAAUGCUAACUGCUGAAGCUUUAUAUUAAAAACAUUCAACUGGCGAAACACGAGAUGACUUUUAUUAUUCUUGCGUUAUAUUUUCAGUCAUUGUCAAACUUGCAAGUGCUAUAUAAAUAAACCUGAUUAAAUUACUUAAAUGUCACUGUUUUGCCUCAGUACCUUUAAUG